CUAAACAAAAUCUGUCUCCUUGAAUAUUUACUAUUUUAAUGUUGGAUUUAUAUGAUUAAUUCUAUUUUAUGUGCUUCUUAUAACUAUUAUUUAAACGUUUAUCACUUUUAUAACACUAGAUUUAUAAAUAAUUUCUAAAUUAGUAAUAAAAUUAAGACGUAAUUUAAUGCCUUUCAUACAAUAUUUUUUUGUCGCCCACACACUCCCUCUAAUUCAAACUAAUAAUUUGGUAUUUUAUGUUUUAAAUCUAAUUGUAUUUAGCUCAUAGUAGAAUAGGUGAAAAUAUUGUUUUACGCAAAACCGAUUGUUAUUAGUAAAAGAUAAUGCAUAGGCGAUUUAUUGGUUUUUAAUUAAAUGUCUCCAAUUUAUUUCUUUUGUGUAAUUCUUAUGUGUAACUGAAAUAUUAUGGCUAUUUAAUUGAUUUUGAACGCACUCAUAAUAAAUUUUAGUAUGGCAAUACUGUACGGUACUACCAACUUGACCAAAUGACAGUGCGGCCGGUCAUUUCACUUUGAGGUUAAGAAUCAUGGUGUGCUCGAGAUUUGUCAACAAAAAAUUCUCUUGUUUAACGUGGACUUUUCUGGUACCGAAAAAUGCCUCCGAUGACUCCAGCCGAACGCCAAAAAAAAUACAGAGAAAAAUUAAAACGCGAAAAUCCCGAUAAAUUAGAAAAAUUGAAAAAAGAGAAUGCUGAGAGGACCAAGAGAAAAUAUAAACCGAUUAACCAAUUUUCAGAUUAUUUGCAGAAUGAAAAACGAAAAAAAUGGCGAGAGCAAAAGCAGAAAAGAAAUGGUGAACCAUCCACUAGCAAACCAACCAACACUGCUGAAACGACUCAAAAAGAAAAACGUAAAGUUCGAUAUAUUUUAUCAAAAGAAAAUUCAGUAUUAAAAGACAAAGUUCAAAAGAUGGCUAGAGUUAUAAAAAAACAAAGAAGAGCUAUAUCUCGCUACAAAGUAAAAAUUGAAAAUUUAAAAAAAUCCAUAGACAAAUUAGAAGAGGACUUACAGUUUUGCGAAAAUUUAGACAAAAAUAUCACUACGAAAAAUAAAGAAGCAACAACACCAUGUUCAAAAACAGAAAAAUUUUUGGAAGAAACAGUGCCAAAUAUACCUACUCCAGAGAAAAAAAAAGUAAAAAAGGUGAUACUUGAAGGAUAUGUUUUGAAAGAAUCGUUGAAUAAUCAGUACAAUAAAGCAGAAAAAAAACCCGAGAAAAAGGUUUUAAAGAAUGUGGUUGACAACGAAUUAGUAAGAAAGUACAAAUUAAAGACUAAACUCGGCCAUUCUUGCUUCGGAUUAAAAGGUAGACUCAGACAAAGACAAACACAACUUCAGAAGAAAAGGAGAAGGAUGAACGAGAUACAAUUAUUUUUAGAAAGGGACGAUAACAGCAGAAUUACAGCAGGAAAAAAAGAGACUAUAACAUGUAAGAAAAAUAAAAAACAAAGAAGAUAUCUACUAGAUUCACUAGAUAAAUUACAUAAAAAGUAUAAAGAGGAAGGUGGUUCGGUUUCAUAUACAACUUUCACCAGAUACAAGCCGUUUUAUAUUUUGGAUCCUAAGAGUUCCCAAAGAAACACAUGUGCAUGUGUCAAACAUGCAAAUUUGUCAUUUCUAGCGCAGAAACUAAAAAUACUCGGACUUCUUGAAACAGACGAUUUGGAACAGUUGGUUUCAGAAAUUGUAUGUGACAAGUUCAAUGAGAAGUGUAUGUAUAAUGAAUGCGAUAGAUGUAAAGAUAAGAUUAUUUCAUUUGAUGAGUCACAAAAAAAUAAAGAUAUGACUGUGUUUUGGUACAGCUGGGUUACAAAGAAACAUGAAUACACUAAAAUAAAAAGUACUGACCAGGAAACUGAAACCAAGACUACAAAGAAGACUUCUAAAGAAAUGGUACAAGGUACGUUAGAAACUUUGAUACAGACAUUUUCGGAACAACUUCUCAUAUUCAAAAAACACUUUUUCAACAUUUAUCAUGCAUACCAAAUGUAUAAAAGAUGUAAAGAAACACUAACUGAAAAUCAGUGCAUUAUACAUUGCGAUUUCUCUGAAAAUUAUCUUUGCAAAUUAAAUGAAGAGGUACAAGCAACACUUUUGCCGGUUCUAAACAACAGUUUACAUUACAUACUGGAGUCAUUUAUUACAAAAACGAGCUGGGCUUACAAGAAAAAUCAUUUUGCACUAUUUCACCUUCAAAUAAUCACGAACCCUCAGCUAUUUGGGCUCAUCUGACACCUAUUUUAGAACAGAUAAAAAAAAUUAUAACGAAUGUGACUACAAUACACUUUUUUUCCGAUGGGCCCACCACCCAGUAUCGCCAGAAAGGCAAUUUUUAUCUACAUUCAAUUAUGAUUAAAAAAAUGGGUUUUGAAAAUUCUACUUGGUCAUUCUUUGAAUCUGCCCACGGCAAAGGGGCAGCAGAUGGGAUAGGCGGUGCAGUAAAACGGACAUUAGACAAAAAAGUUGCACACGGUGAAGACAUUAUCAAUGCACAAACUGCCUACGACACUCUAAUAAAGGGUCAGUCGAAAAUUGCUUUCUUUUACAUAUCGGAAGAAAAUAUACAAACUGUAAAACAAGAAUUUGGUACAAGAGAAUUGAUCCCUGUUCCAAACACAAUGACUAUACAUCAAGUGAUUACAACAGACCAGGACGAUACAAUAAAAUAUAGAAAACUGGCUUGUUUCUGUAAAGAAGCAUUAUGUGAUUGUUUUGACUUAAAAGAGCAUAACUUGAUUAUUAAGAAUAAGAAGAGAAAAUAUAAUAGAAAUAUAACGGAAACGGAAAGAACGACAAUCAAAAGAAGACGCAUUACAAAAAAGAAACGAUUAGCAAGAGCAGACAGUGAUACAAGCGUUGAUUCUGAUAUAACUUAUGCUGAAUCCGAAGAUAGUGAUUGGAAGGUUGAAGAAGAGUGCAAGUCAGAAAACAGUAAAACAGGUGACAAAGAAAAUAUUUUAGAAGAAAGUAAGACAACAAACCUAAUUAAGAGUAGUAAUAAGAAAAUUACCCUCUUAUCUGAUAUAAGAAAUACUCCAGAAAAUGUCAGAUAUUUCGAUUUAAAAAAUUACGGCCCAUUUAGGCUUAAUAACGUCGACAAAAUAGACAUUUCUAUAAAACAUCAACUAGCUACAAGUUUCGGAACAAACACAAAUAUUCAAUCAAGAUUCCAAGAUAUUAGAAAUGAGAGUGCAGCCGAAGAAAAUAAGAAAGUGUUAAAAGAUAUGGAAAAUGCAGCAGAUGACAAUAUUACUAAUAAUGCUAAUGCGAUAAAAGAAAAGAAGGCAGAAAUAGAAGGGGCCACAAUAGGUACGGAAGUAGAACUAAAAAGUGAUGAUACUGAAGAGACCAUAAUAGAAGAGGGAAAAGUAGUGAUAGAAGAAAAACAACCAGAAAAAUACUAUUUGAACAAGGAUAAAAGAAGAGAAAAUGAGACUGAAUCAGAAAAUAAAGACUAUGCUAAAAGAGACAAUGAGACUGAAAAUAUAACUAAAACUGAAAAAGAAACCAAAGUACAAGAAUUAGAAAAUUUUAUAAACUACAAUAAAAAUGAUAGUGUGUUGGUUAGAUAUUAUGAAAAAAAGGGAUGGACAUAUUAUAUAGGAUUUAUUGAAAACGUCGAACUCAGACCUGAAAUAAAGUAUACAAUAUUUUUCUUAAAAACUGUAAAAAAACCUCAGCUUAAAUUCGUACCCCCAAAAAAAAUUGACAGAGAUACACUCCCGGCUGCAAAUAUUGUAAAAAAUGUCCAUUUAAGUUCAGUUUCAAAUUACUAUAUGUUAUCAGAAGACAGUGAUCGCAUUUAUUUUGAUUAAGACUUUUAAUACUUAAUUUAAAUUUUUGAUAUGCACAAAUAUUAUGUUCAGUCAAAGUUUUAUAAGUUUAACUUUUGAUUUAUUUUAAUAAGAUAUUGUUUACUUUCUUUUGGACAAAGUUUUUUAAGUUUGACUUUUGUUUUAUUUUAAUAAUUUACUUUCAUUUAAACAAAGCAAAGUUAUUUGACUUUUUAUUAAUUUUAAUAAGAUAUUGUUUAUUCUCGUUUGGACAAAGUUUUUUAAGUUUGACUUUUGUUUUAUUUUAAUAAUUUACUUUCAUUUAAACAAAGUUAUUUGACUUUUUAUGUUCAUGAACAUUAUUUUCGCUUAAAUCUUUUGUCAGAUAAAAAAAAAUGUUUUGUAAGUGAUUUGGCUAUGGAUGGAUGGUAUGUGUACCUUUUUUUUUAAUAAAGAUCAGAUAAUUA